GAUGGACGAUGAAAAAUGCAUUUUUCAUCCAUCUGAACCGUAUAAGCAUUCUAACGAAAAAGACGAGGACGAAGAUGAAGACGAAAGCGAAACAAUUAUAUUACAUGAUCUAGAGGAUCUAGGAGAGGAUUUGGUAAAGGUAACGGAAAGGCCGAGGUAUGAAUAUGAAUGCUACCAGGGCGAUGAUUCCGACAUUGAAGUGGUAAGGAUUGUUGAGAAUAAUGACUCGGAUGAUCAAGAACUCUCACCUAGAGAACGAUCCGAACAAGUGGAAAAAUAUGGAAAUAUAGCUUCUCGUGUAAAUUGGGGAGGACCACCAGUCAAGAAAAAAACAGUUCAUUAUAAUGAAGAAGUAAAUCAAGUUGAGGAAGUUCUACGUGAAAAAUUGCACGUCACUAAAAAGCAUACCGUUAAUCCUGAGGUUAGAGAAAAAUUAGAGCUUUUACAGCAAAGAAGAUUUCAUAGAAUGCUACUGCCAGCUAGAAAUGUCCAAAAGAAUAAAUUUAAUCCUAAUUUAGUUCCUAAUAGCUUCCGUCCUAAGAAUCGAUAUGGAAAUGAGGCAAAAGUACUUAGUAGGAGAAAGAAAUUACCAAUUAGUCUUAAAGGUCACAACAGUCACUUUCUCUACUAUAAAAGGAAAGUAGAUCAUCAAGCAAGCCAGUGUAACAUUUUAAGAGUAAUAGAAACUACUGACGCAGAAGUUCAAGCGACAGCUCAAACAAACGAAAAAUUAGUACAAGCUACUAUACAUAAACAAGAUGGAUCUUCUCAAUAUCCGAUUCCAAAACUUCGUGAUAGGUCAUGUUCAACGAUCAUAAAAACAUACUCAGAGGAAGGAGUUCAGGCUGUCGUAGAACAAGAAGAUAAAGCAAUUGAUCCACCAAUUAAAAUAUUCUAUUACGAAGAUUUAAAAGCUCACAGUAACGCUGAAGUUCAGACUGAAGCAACAAUAGCGAUCUAUUCUGACGAUAUCAAAGGAUACUCGGAUGAUUGGGAGAGUUGUUCCAGCUAUAAUCUUGAAGAUAGGAUAUGA